CCGGUGUAACAGUAACUCCACAAAGUGCAGACUUGGUUGAGUUCAGUGGUCCUGUCAGUCUGUCUUGCUCCUCCUUUGGAUCGUCUCUCUCUUUCCUCUGGAUGAACAGCAGCACUAAUGUUACAGCCAGCGACAGAGUUCAGAUCAACAUAACUGAGGGAAACUCCUCUCUGAUGAUAAUCAAUGUGACCCGCUAUGACCACGGCCCAUAUUACUGCCAUGUGCUAAAUCCUGUCUCUAAUGGUAGAAGUUCUCCAGUGAACAUCUUCAUCAGUUAUGGUCCAGAAAAUACAACACUAAAAGUUUCACAAUCAACGGAACAUUAUGUAGAAGGGUCAGACAUUACUCUGGCUUGUUCAGCUGAGUCGAGACCUUCUGCUGAAUUUACAUGGUUUCUAAAUGGAGACCCGCUGCCUGAUACUGGACCAGAACUAAAGCUGAAGAACAUUAAUAUCAGCCAGAGUGGAAACUACAGCUGCCGUGCCUUUAAUGACAAAACCCGGAGAGAACAAACAUCCCAGCCCUUAGCUGUCCUUGUACUUGAACGAGUCUCCAAUGUGAAGGUAGCUCCACACGGGACAGACUUGGUGGAGUUCAACAGUACUGUCAGUCUGUCCUGUUCCUCCUCUGGAUCUUCUCUCUCCUUUUUCUGGACCAACAGCAGCUCUAAUAUUACAGCCAGUGACAGAAUCCAGAUCACUGAUAAAGGAACCAAGCUGACUAUAGUCAAUGUGACUCGUCAUGAUAAGGGACCAUACAUCUGCAAUGUGUUCAAUCCAGUCAGUGAAGACAGCAGUGAUCCAGUAAAUCUCUCCAUCAGCUGUAAGUUGUUGAACUGUUUCUUUACCUUCUGAUCAAACCUGCAUUUGGACCACAGAAUUGUAGUAUUGUUACACUUUUUCUGAUGUUUGUAGUUUCUUUAAACUAAAGCAAUUGGAAACAUUUAUUUUCACUGCUACGGGAUUGAGAAAAGUAUUGUCUCAGCUAACAGCAAACGGGCUUAAAUCGGAAGCAACCAAAUUAACGCUCAGUUCUUUCAGAAAAUAUUUCUACACCUAUCCACGAGUCUUUGUCAGUACAAGUGGCUCAAACUUGAGCAACCUGCAGUUG